AUGGCCUUAUCCGCUUACGCGGACGACGUUUGCAGGAAGAUUCUUGUUUCGUCUCCGCAGUCGGCUGCUGCACAUGUCAGGUUCAGCAACGAGGUUCUUGACGACGAGUUGCUCAAUGUGGGGAUGGCGCAAAACACAGACAAGCAAGAGCACGUUGUCGUUUUCCUUGGACCCCAUAGCCGCACGCACAACCAGCAAGUUUACCGGCACGCGCUGCUGGAUGGAAAGACGGUUCCGGCUGCAAAGUACCUUGGAGGCCUGCAAAGGUAUGAUGGGCAAUGUGGACCCGAAGUUGACAAACGUGCCAACGCUGCGUACGCUGCUUGGUGCACCUUUAAGGGCCUGUGGCACAGACGUGAGCUUCCAUGGCGCGGACCGCGAACUGUCUUCAUGGGCAUGGUCUAUGAGGUUCUUUUCAGUGGCUUGGAAGCUCUUGUGUUGGGAAGCGGGCAUUAUGCCAAGCUUGACCGCAUUGUUGCUGCAUAUGGUCGCCGUCUUCUCCGUGGUACUGCGUGUGAAAAAAUUGCACAAGCAGAUGGCAAUAUCAAAUAUCGGAGCAUGCCCAACACCGACGUUUUCCGGCACCUUGGCGUCGCCUGCGCCAGCACAGAACUUCGCAUUCGUCGUCUUAAGUUUCUCCAGCGGCUCGCUACAGACCCAUUUCGGCACCAUCAUGUCAUCACUGCUUUUUUUGGCACCAUGGAUUUCGAUCCUGAACCUACUGUGGAUGCUGAAGUGGGCCUCACCCCAAGGGCCAACUCCUACGCCGCCAGGCUGUACUGGAAGGACUUGCAGUCUUUGGCUGGGCUGGACUCGGCUCAUUGGAUUGUUGAACUUGCCGGUAAUGACAUCAUGGCCUUUUUCACAGAGCUGGCUACGGAUUUUGCCCAUGUGGAUGUUACCGAGCUUCGGGCACAGGAGCUCUCUGUCCAGAUUCCACCGCCAGGUUUCUCACCAGCGCCAAGACAACAUCAUGCUGAGGAGCCUCUGGAAAUGGAUGAUUUGCCUCAUGUGUGUUCCAUUGCAUUGGAGAGCGGGAUUCCAUGCGGGCAGCGGUUUGCAAGUCUCCGGGAUUUACGCUUGCACCAGUACAAGAGCGGUCUUAGCAACCAUAACAUUGUGUCUGACUACUGCAAGGUUCCUGUCCUUCUGGCAGUCGUUGUGGUAGUGCUGUGGUUACGGCUCCCACUCUUCCUGCUGACUUCAUAUGCAAGUUUUGCGGACAUGAUUCUGAUGAUUUACCGCAGCGUGCGAGCACUCUCGCCGCGGGAAGAUGAGCAGCUCAUCCAGAAAGCCGUGUUGCUGGUGUCGAAGAUGACGCUGCGUCAGGAGCUUGAAGUCAGAGAACUGCAAAGCGCUGUCUUCAAGACCUUCAUGCUCAAGGCCCUUAAGGAGACCAUCGUUGCUCAUCGAGCUGCAAUGACAUCGCCAGAUAAAAUCGCCGACAUUGUCUACAUUGCAAAGAUGAAGAAAGCCUUCAAUCGGGGCGAGUUCAAGCUUUUCCUUGCCGUCAGCCCAUCCCAUCAUGACUUGCUUGAAGCGGUUUGCCAAGGCGUACUUGGGACUGGUGCGGUUGAGAAGAAGGGACAGGCGCCGGCAAGCGGAAUGGCUCGGGAGCUGCAGUCUUUGGUCGACAAGCUGACCGAGAUGACAGCAAAGUAG